AAAACAAUAUUACUUUAAUGGUAGCAUCGUUCACAACAUGCAAAUUUUAUUAAUUAAAAUCUUAAAUCUGUAAAGUCGCCACUUUGCACCAAAAAUGUUUAUUAGGUUAUACAUUUUGUGCAAUGCGAAUGAUGCCCCCGUCAUCGAUUUGAUGUACUUUUAAUAAAUGUUUAUUUAUGAAAAUAACCGUCCCGUAUCAAGAUGAUUGUAUUUACUUGUAAGAGCGAUAUAUUUUUAUUAUUGAAUAAAUCUUUUCAACAUGAGUUUUGGAUACAAGAUAUCAGAUAGUGCGAGAACUCGUCCGAAUACGAAGCAAAUUGUGGAAAAUCUACAGUUCAUAGAAGGCACUUCCAAUGAUGAGGAAGUACCAGCUUUGAAGAAAUCACCAGUGCUGUUUGAUGCUGAUGGUAACACUGAAAACUGUUUUGUUGAAAUUAUACAAAGUGAAGACAUUGUACCUGAUGAAGAUAUGGAACUGGGUGAAAAUGGACAAUAUUCUAUCAUCAAUGUGGAUCCAAACAUCACUAGCUGUAAUGAACACCAUGAUAUGUAUCUCCAUAAGGACAAAACUCUUAUCAAGCCAGGGGACAAGUUCGAUUCUCACAAGAGUUUCAGAUUAUACAUCGACGGCAAUGCUGACCGCUGGAAGUAUUACUACAGUUGCGCGGACUCCCGUGCAAAAUCCUCAGGAAAAGAGUUCUAUACAUACCGAUGUGUGUACAGCAAACCAAAGUGCGAUUAUAAGCCAAAGGGUUUAAGAAAAAGGGCAGAGACAUUAAAGACUAAUUGUCCCUGCAGGAUUGUAUUGAAACGUCUCUCUUACAAUUCAAAAUACCUAACAGCGGUUUUCGUUUGCGACCAUCACAACCACGAAUUGACCCAGGAAUCGUUCUUGAAGUUGCAACAUGGACGGCGCUUGCCUCCAAAACUAAAGGAAGAGGUAAUGGGUCUCCUGUACCUGGACGUGCAUCCCACAGUCAUACGAAAUUACGUUCAGUCGGUGACUGGAUUUAUCCUGAAGAUGUCUUAUUUUAACCAUGUUGCGAAAACUAUGAAGAACAUAGACUUGGAGAAAACUUACACUCCUGACAAGUUGAAUAUGUUGUAUAAGAAAGCAGAAGAUUUGAAGAAACAGUAUUAUAACCAAAACGAUGACGAAGAUGGUUUGGGAGAAACUGUUAAGACAAAACGCGAACAUAAAAAACAAGACGUGGAGUAUUUCGAUGUCGAACCCGACAAUGAAGUCUCUUACGAAGUGCCUGGCGCGGACGAGAUGCAGACGUUGGAAGAGAGCGAACCAGAGAACAAGAAGAGCAGAUUAGAAACAUGUCUCCAACGGUUGUCGUAUGACGACGAGGUCCUACAAUCGGUGAGGGAAAUGCAGACUUCAGUGCAGGGCGAGACACAGGACAACCCUUGGAUUAAACAAGAACAUUUUAUAUCUGCCAACGGAGACUUUCAUCAAUUUCAAGAAGUCAAUAAUCAAGAAGCUUCUGUCGCUGAAUUUGUGGAUGCUAAUCAAAUCGUGGUCAUGGAGGCGAUCGGGGAGGGGGAAGAAAAUGGUGGCAACCCACAGCAUUACAUUCUGCAGAAGGCCGAUGAUACAGAGAACGGCGAAUUCACCGCGUACCCAUGCGAAGUUUUAUAUGAGAACGAUACGGCAGAAAUUGGCAAUGAGGAGAUUGUCGCGAACGAAGAAGUAGUCCCGAAUGAAGCAUCUGAAAAUAUCGUGACAGCUAAACAAGAAGUUCAACCUCAGGAAGUUCCGUUGGAGACCCCUAACACUAGCGCACAAGAACAAAAUAAUGAAGAAAAUGAACCAUACAACGUCCGCGCGAACCCGCCGCCUGAAUUUGAGUACAUACACAAAUUUAACAUCGACGAAUAUAUGAGACAGUCGUGGUUCCCCAGAUACAUCGAGAAGGUCGCAGAAGAUUCGCGUGCUAGCAUAGCUGACAUGCUCAGCGAUGUCUAUUGGGGAAAAUCCAUGUUCAGAUUAAUAACAACUAGGGGUAAUGGGUCUAAAACGAUCAGGAUAUCCUAUUUGUGCGAAGAUGUUCCCGUUUUGGACGUCGUGGAAGACAGCAAGACCGGCGAAUAUAAAUACUUGGCUUCCAAGCAUUGUAAAAAGGUUCUCAGUUUGAAAAGAAAGCUGGCGGACACCGCUAACCUUGUGCGUCAUUUGAAUGAAGUUUUGUCAAAAGUCGAGAAACAUAACAAGGAAUUGUCGUACAAAAUCAAAUUGCUGAUGAACACCCAGGGAGAGCGAAACGCCGGUCAUAACUCGCGGGUCUACAGUUCGGGGACGCCCGGACCGAAUGCCCGAGUCGGGCCGUACUCUCGUCUCGCGUCAACACCAAACUCGAGUAAUAAAGAACUAGACAAGACACACAUAAAUUUACGAGUAAAAAAACAAAACCUACAGAAGGAAAUUUCAGAAUAUACUAGUGAAAUUGCGCAGUUAGAAGAGGUUAAGAAGAAUUUAAAGCGAGAUAUAUGCAGUUUUGUUUCAAAGAAAGUGUUGUUAACGCAAACGUCUGGAAAGCAGGUCGAUAAACUAGAAGAGAUCAAAAGUACACUAGCCAGAGCUAUUAGAAGGAGUAAUCGUGAUGAACUUGCUUCUCCUAGCAGUCUCAAAUAAAGAGGCGCUUUAAUAUUGUUCAUGUCGUUUGUUCGGAGUAAUAAAAACCUAAUUAUACCGAUUUCUAUGGACAAAUUUUUACACAUAGUUAAUUUGCUAACCUACGAGUUUUAUCGUGAUCGGUUUGCUAAUAAUUAUGUUUUAUGAAAAAUUCAAUACAUCUCUACUUAAAUAUUGUACCCACGACAUUGCAUUCGGUUAAAGUCGAUGUAAUUGAUUUAGAUGAUAAUCUAUUGGCUUGACGGUCCUUAAUUUAACGCUAUAAUUUUAAACGUAAUAAUGUAGGUAUAACUACAUAAUAAUAUCAUCUGAUUUGUAUCUAUGAUGUUUCCUAGUUGUAACUGAGAGUAAUUAAAAAUGGUUUUAUGAA